AUGGAUGCACGUGUUCUUAUUCUGAUGUGGUUUACUAUGGCAAUCAUACGCCAGGGUGUGAACUCUAAUAAGGAUGCCUGCAACAAGUUUAACUCGACUUGCUGUUACAAUUAUUAUUUCGAUGAAAUGAAGGACAUCUGUGUGGAAUGCAAGCCGGGAACCUUUGGUUGGAAUUGUAAAGAAGACUGUGUUAGUGGAUACUACGGUUAUCUGUGUCAAAAUGAAUGUAAAUGUGAAGAGCAACAUUGUGACUCAGCUACAGGGUGCACAAAAAAUAUAGGGCUCACGGCAGGUGUGACAGGUCGACAGGAGAUACUCACCCUAGGUAUUUGA